AUGAGCGAACUAUCUAGUGCAAUUAUGAACUUAGAACUAAGUGUUGAUAUUUUUAAGGAAGUGAAGUAUUUUGUUAGUGGAGAAGUGCAGGAGAAGAUAUUAGAUGCAUUGAGAAAUGGCGGCGCCGAAAGAAUCAACUACUUCUCUGACUAUGUUACUCACCUUAUUGUUGGUGAAAAUCCUGAAGAAAACGACAUAACAGACGGCCUUGAUGUUUAUGAGAUUCCAGUGUUAACCCCAAAAUGGGUACUCAUGUGCACUGGUUUGAAAAAAAUUGUAGAUACCAAACCAUAUUCGUACGUACCAAGUGGAAAAUUGUUCACAAAUCUUAUAUUUUGCUUCAGCAAUAUAAGGGAAGACUUAAAUCUUCUAUGGGCACUCAUAACCUUCAAUGGAGGUAUUGUGCAGCUCAACUUGAACAGCAAAUGUAAUUACCUCAUUACGACCAUCACAGAAGGUGCAAAAUUCGAAAAGGCAGACAGCUUAGGCUCAGAAGUUAUCAAAAUCGUCACCCCGGACUGGGUCGUUGAGGCAGUAAAAAACAAAUCAAUUAUUGAUCAUGUUUUGUUCCAUCCCAAGCUAAUAGAUUGGCCGAAACCAAUAAAACAUGAAAGUACCACCGCCAUCACUGGUUUCGAACCUGAACAAGUGAUUGAAGAGGAAGAAAGCGGAGAAAAAAUAGUAUCCGAUACUACGCAAGCUCUUCUCGCGAAACUGAAGCAGAGGAUGCCUUGGAAUCAACCAGUCACCACGACGAUGAUAUCGAGCUCGGAUCCUGUAGGCCCACCGAAUGUCGUUGCCCCCAGUUAUGUUUCAAGCCAGCCUUCGAGCCAACCUCCCAGAAUACAACCACCCCAAACUCCAACCUCCCAUUUUCAACCGCAGCAGCAAGUUGCUCCUCCAUCUCCAGUCCAAUCAAAUUUCACACCUACUUCUCUGGCGAAUCAAAGUCAAAAAAUACCGAAAAGUAUCGUACAUCAUACGCCCACUCAGCAAACCAAUUUCCAGCCACAGGCUAAUCCUUUGAAUAUAAAUAGGCUGGUUGGGCAGCCCCAGGUGAGGUCCAAUCUCCAGUUACGCGGCCAGUUGGAGCAAAGCCAGUUACACCAACAGCUGAUGCAACAACAGAAUCAAAGUGGCAUCAUCCAGAGGUCUCCUAAUCCACAACACUUCAUGCAACAGCAGAUGGCACAGCGGCAAAGACAGCUGUUACAAAACCAGAUGAACCAAGGUCAGUUGAUACAACAGCAGCAGCAGCAACAGCCACAAGUAGGAGCUACCCAGCCACAAAUUCUACAAGAUCAACAACAUAUCACUCCAAACUCUCACCUUGGUCAGAUGAGUCAACAGCAAUUGACACAGUUGCAACAACAACAAAUUCAAUUGAAGCAGAAUCAGCAGAUGUCACAAAACCAGCAUCAGCUUCAGAUGAAUCAAAAUCAACAGAUCCAGAUGAAUCAGAGUCAGCAACAAAGUCAGGCUAACCAAAACACGCAGAUGCAUUUGAAUCAAAAUCAACAACAGAUACAGAUAGGUCAAAAUAAACUACAGCUUCAACCUAGUCAAAAUCAGCAAAUCAUCCAAAUGAAUCAAGGCCAGCAAGUUCAAACAAGCCAAAAUCAACAGCAUAUACCACUCAGUCAAAACCAACAAGUCCAGCAGCAAAGUCAACAGAUUCACUUGAACCAAAAUCAGCAUAUCCAACUCCAAAAUCAACAAGUACAGAAUCAGCCACAAAUACUGCAAAAUCAAGUGGUACAAGCGGGCAAUCAAGCGAGUCAAAUGAAUCAGCAGCAAAGCCCGCAACAUAUCCAAAUGAGUCAAGGGCAAGCUUUCUUGCAACAAAACAUGAAUCAGCACUUGAUCUCCCAGGCGAAUACCCAGAUCUUGCAACAAAAACAACAGUUCCUGAAUCAACAGCAGGUGGUGUCAAGCCAUCAGCAAAUUCACAACCAGCCAAAUUUGACUGUACAACAGCAGUUCGUACCACCGUUUUCUCAGAAUGAUGACUUGAAUCAAAGGAGCAUUAAUCAACAGAGUUUGAAUCAGCAAAGUGUGAAUCCACAGAACCUCAGUGUGCAUGCUCUCAACCAGCAGCUUAGCACACAGAAUUUGGGACAACAGCUCAAUCAACAACAGCUCAAUCAGCAGUUGAGCCAACAAACCCAAAUGACUCAGCAAGCCCAAUCCCAAAAUAAUCAGUUGGCCCAACAGCUUAAUCAGGGUGGACAGUUGGAUCAACUGAAUAUCGGACAGCUGAAUCUCCAAAUGAAUCAAUUGAACCAGCAGAGUCAGUUGACUCAGCAGCCCCAGUUGAGUCAGCAAAGUUUGGAUCAAGGCUUGCAAGCUCUGAAUCAACAACUCAAUCAAGGUAUCAGUCAGUUGCAACAGCAACAGAUCAGCAGACAGUCCAUCCAGCAACAGCAGUUGAGUCAACAGCAACUGCAGCUUCACCAACAGCAGGGCCUUAGUCAACAAAAUCUGCAGCAGUUGAAUCAGAUGAAUCAACAAGUCAACCAAAGUUUACCGCAGCAAAUAGUCCGUACCCAGUUCCAACAGCAAGGCAAUAUGGGACAGCAAAUCCUCAUCAAUCAGCCAUCGCCACAAAAUCAAGCUGCACCGAGACAACAACUGAAUCAGCAUUUGUGGUCCCAACAGCAAACUCCUCAAAUACCUGGGCAACAACAGAUAAUAAGGCAUCCGGUCAACGUCAUCCAACAAGGUUCACCGAGAGUGCAGUGGUCCCCGACCGGCCAACAGGGCGCCGGCCCCCCUCCCCAGAGGCAGUUCAUCCAGCUGGACGCGCGCACGCACCAAGAGCUGCAGAAGAUGCCACCCGAGCAGCAGGCCAUCUUCGUGGCGAAGAUCCAAAGGCAUCGGCAGUUCCUCAAGCAGGUGCAGCAGCGCGGGGGUGGGGGGAGUCACAUCCUGAUUAGAGGAAACGUCCCGCCCGGUCUGACGACUCAACAGCAGGUCCAAUGGCUGCAGCAGCAGGCGAAGCAGCAGGGCAUCGUCCUGCCGCCCAACAUCCAGCAGCAGAACAUCACGCCCGGCACGCUCGUCCAACCGCCCGGACUGGCGCAGGGCGGGCAGCAAGCCCAGCAAGCGCCCGGCCUGAGCCCGAUCAACCAGGGCGUGGGCGGGAACGGGCAGUUCGGGGAGCAGGGUCAGCAGCAACAGGUGCAGAUCAGGCAGUUCCGGCUGCAGCAUUUGCAGCUGCAGAGGGAGCAGGCGCAGAAGAGUCAUCUGGCGCAGCAGCAAGGUGCCAUCCAGCAGCCGACCAUCGUGCGGCCGAUCGGCCAGCCGCCGCAACCGGCCGAUUCGACCGCCAACAUGGCGCAGGCGCAGGUCGACGGCGGCGUCCAGCACCCGCUGGUGGUGAACGCCAAGACGAAGACGGCGCUGGCGAACAUGCUGAGCAUCAAGCUGCAGAGCGGCGGGUCUUCGGUGGGCGGAGGGGGGCAGAGAGCGGAGGCGAUGGCGGAGCCGUCGGCCGCCGGGACUUUGAGGUUGAUGACCGCCCAACAUAACGCGGCGAUCAAUUCCAAACCGCAAGAAAUCAUCGCCCUCCAAAGGAGGACCAUCCCGGGGCCGAACGGCGACAUCAUGAAGCACCAGGGGGUUCCCCAACCGCCGAUGACACCCAACAGCGAACCGCCGAAGUUGCAGUACUGCCCGAAGCAGUCGCUGCCGCUACAGCACAGGCCCGGCCCGUUUUACGGGCACAACCCGAAUCUGAAACUUCCACCAGAAUUAUUUCUUCUGGGAUGCAUAUUCGUGGUGGUUGAAGUGGAUAAUUUCUUGGAGGAGAGCCUACCAGGUUGGCAACAAAAAAUCGAAAAACAUGGAGGUGAGGUGGAGAAGCAGUACUGCACGCGAGUGACGCACGUCCUCUGCGAAACCCAACGUCACGGCGUGGUGAUGCAAGCGUUGCGCGACUGCAAGCGUUGCGUCACUAUCCUGUGGCUGAACGACGUCAUCACCAGGCGGCAGGUGUUGCCGCCGUGGAUGGCGCUGCAUCUGCCCGGCAUCUACUUGGACACGGCGCCGGCCGGCAAACAUCUGAUCUCUGUUAGCGGGUUCGAGGGAAACGACCGGUGGCGGGUGAAGGAGAUGGUCAAACAUACCGGCGGGAAGUGCACAUCAUAUUUCUCGAAGCACAACACCCUGCUCAUCUCGGCGAAAGGUGACGGUAAAAAGGUCUCUUAUGCGAAAAAAUGGCAGAUACCCGUUGUGAAUGUGCAAUGGUUGACUGACGUGAUGCUGGGCCAUUUCGCUGCCAUGAAUCAAAUGGACCAUCAGAUGUACCAGCAGUUCCAGAAUCCACCGAACUUCAGUUUCGAUCCCAAAUUAGUUCCUAAUUUAAUGGUCGCUUGGAAAGCCCCUAUAAAUAUAUCCCAAGAGUCUUAUGAACGAGUGAAAAGAUGUGCCUCACCUGUGGUAAUACCAAAAAAACCGAAGAAGCAGAAAAUGGAAACUGAUGAGAAUGAUAAUAUCAGUGAUGAACAAGUCACGAACCCUUCAUACAGAAUUAUGUUCUCCAUGUACAGUGAUACUAAAGAUUUGCAGGGAAUAGUCAGGGAGCUCGGAGGCAGCGUUUCGAAAAUCGACCAGGACUUUACGCACCUGGUGAUGCCGCGCCUCGCCAGGACCAACAAACUCUUCUUCGCCAUCGCGAAGCACGCCACCGUCGUGUCGGAGCGGUGGCUCACGGCCUCCCGGGACGCCAACCGGUUUUUACCCGAGGGGGAUUACCCGCUGGAGCUGGAGGAUUUCGACCGGCAGUACGGAUGCGAUUUGGACAGGACGUUCGCGACGAGAAACCGAAAUAGGCUGUUCGAGGGCAAGUUCUUCUUCGUCACUCCCAGCGUCUGUCCCAGCAAGAGAAUCGUCGCCGACUUGAUUCGAUGCUCGGGCGGCAUAGUCGAGAAGCACCGAAGGAGCUCGACGCAAAUCGAGGCCACCGCGAUCAACUCGCCCUUCAGCUACUUCAUCGUCACUCACGAGGACGAUUUGCAUCUGGUCGCCGAUUUGUUGAGGAACAAGAAGGACAAGAUGCGGAUAGUGUGCAAUGCGGAGCUGAUUUUCAGCUCCAUCUUGAGGCAAACGUUCGAAACGGAGCCGUAUGCCGUGUGCGUUUUAUGA